CUCUAGAGGGCAGAUGUCUUUCUGAGAAACGUGUGCCGUAAAUCACAAGAAGAAGAAGGAAGAGUGACAGGCUGUUUCUUGCUCAGCGGGGGGAGAGACUUCCAUGUAACAGUAAGCUACUAUGACAAAGUAAACAAAACAGUUUCAUUACUCACGAGCAUGUUCAGCCUCAAGACUUUUGAGAGUCACUUAUCUACUACAAUGGAGACUCUGGUGAAGACGGCAGUGACCGGGCUCAGCACGCUUCUUGACAAGUACUCGGCUAAAGCUAUGGCCGCUCAACAGCGCUCUGCUCCGGCUACAGUCGCGUCUGUCAAGAGCGAAGAGGAGGAGAGCGACGUGACCCCCCCGGACAGGAGACGGCAGUGUAAUGAAGCUAUAACGAACCAGUUUGCAUCCCUCAUGGAGGCCUGGGCCAACGCUGCAGAAGGGAAGAUACUGAUGAUGUUGAAAGUGUCCGUUUGUGAAAGUGAGGAGGGAUCUGCUGCAGAGCCGAGGGCCGAGCUGAGCGAGAAGACCAAACAGACAAGCAUAACGCCGAAAGACGGCCGAGUGACCGCGUCCAAAAAACAAUCAGCAUGCAGGAGCUCUCAUCAGAAGAAAAAGAAAAUAGAGGGAAGGCUUGAAACAGUAACAAGAAAGGACCUUAUACAUUACCAAGCUGAUGCAGCCACACAUGAGAGUAACUCUGGGUCCCCACGUGAACCUGAGGCUACAUUAGCAGAGCCCAUCUCAGAUGUGGCCUCUGAUGGAAGCAGGGAAGAUGUUGUCCAAGAGGAUGCUGACAAUUCACCUACCACAUUCAAGAUGAAAAAGAAGAAGACCACAGGGCCUUUCAAAUGUCCCUCUUGUGACAGAUCAUUUGCUCUGAAAUGUUUGAUGGACAGACACUACCUGACUCACUCCAAACCUCACCUUUGCUCCGAGUGUGGCAAACGUUUUGCAGGACUGCGGGGGCUCAUUGCGCAUUCAAGACGUCACACCGGGGAGAAGCUUUACAAAUGUUCAGACUGUGGGGCAGAGUUUGCUUACAAGUCUACCUUGGGCAGACACAUGCGUCGACACAGCCUGAAGAAACCCCUCACCCACAUGUGCAGGCUGUGCGAGAAUCAGUUCACUGGGCUGUUGGCGCUUCAGCGGCACAGGUGUGGCGCCUUAAAAAAGACGUUUGUCUGCUCUCUUUGCCCGGAGACAUUUGAGUGCAGACAGAAAUUGGCCGAUCACGAGAAUCUACAUUCAGGGGACAGAGAUUUUGUUUGCGAAAUGUGCGGGGAGAGUUUUUUCUCGUCCUCGUCUUUGGCUACUCACCGGGUGACUCACAUACAAAAAGAAAACUGCUGCGAUGUGCUUGGCCUUGGGUGCAGUGACUUGAGCGUUCUCAAAAAUCACUUGAGCAAACACACUGGAGAAAAACUUUUCUCGUGCGAGGUUUGCGGUAAAGGCUGUAGUCACCAGAGCGCUCUGAAGCACCACAUGCUGACCCACACGGGAGAGCGGCCAUAUAUCUGUGAGACCUGUGGCAAGCGUUGUGGCCAUGCCAGCGCGCUUCAGAACCACAUGAGGAUCCACACUGGGAAGAAACCCGGGCAGCAGCCGGUCUGCAACGUGUGCGGCAAAAAAUUCCGCCGCAUGGUCAAUCUCAAAUAUCACAUGAGCAUCCACACGGGGGUGAAGCCUUACACCUGCAGUCAGUGUGAUAAAAAGUUCAGCAACCCCAGCAAUCUCAAGUUACACACGAUGAUUCACUCAGGGGAGAAGAUGUAUGGCUGCAACAUCUGCGGCAGGAGGUUCACGCAGUCCAGCAGCCUUAAGCUGCACAGGCGGAUCCACACGGGAGAAAGGCCGUAUCAGUGCGUGGUCUGUGGGAAAGGAUUCAUGUACAGCAGCGAGUUCAAGAAACAUCAGAGGAGCCACCUGCCAGGUGGAGAUGGACCGCCUGAAAAAACUGCAGUGAAAGUCUAAAACAUUUGACUGCCGUUCGGUCACUUCCUGCACGUUUACAUACAGUCUACAGUCUGGGCAAUGUUACAAUAAAUACUGUGAGAUGAUAUAAAGAUUUUCCAAUCCUGUUGGUACAGAGUUGUCAGUCCUUUAUGGAUCCCUGACUGUGUGAGACCAUGGCAGGCUUUGUUGCAAGUAUAAAAGAAUGACCAAAAACAAUCAAACUUUUGCUCGUUUGUUUUUACCUUUUAGCACGUUCUGCUACAGAACAUGAAAUGUUUGACAUGUUCAAGCGCUGUUUCUCCUGACAAAAGAAUCUGACAAUGGUUUGUACAGUCGUUUAGAAGUUAAACUGCCUUCAGAAUGUUAAUAAAGUACCCACUGGGGCUUGCCAAAGGUUUUUAAAUGCCUUUAAAGUCUUAA